AUGGCCCUGGCCAGAGCAAAACCCAGAAUAUCCUACACUGCAGAAAUAACUAUUCAACCUACUGUGGAAGAGGCCUCUGACAACUGCACUCAAGAAUGUCUCAUCUUGGGCCACUCUGAUGCCUGCUGGAUGCCAGCUUCUCUGAUGCAUUCCAACCCUUCACAGGCAGAGGCCUCUGCUCUAUGCCACAGCCCUCCCCCGACACAGACAACGCUUCGCCGACGCAACCCUCUGGUGACGCAGACAGUUGCUCUCUGCCACAGCCCUCCAAUGGCUCAGGCUGUAGCACUAUGCCACAGCCCUCCACCAGCACAGACCUCUGCUCUCCACCACAGCCCACCUCUAGCACGGGCUCUUUGCCACAGCCCUCUACCAGCACAGGCCUCAGCCCUUUACUACAGCCCUCCCCUGGCACAGGCUGCUGCAAUCCACUGCAGUCCUCCUCUGCCACAGCCUGCUGCCCUUCAUCGCAGCCUUGCACAGCCACCAAUGGGUCUGCAGCAGGGUUGGGGGCAAAGUGCUGGCCCUGAAGGACUACUUUCUCUUGACCAAGGAGCACAAGGUAGUACAAGAUCUAAUUUUUAUGCCAUGUCUAAAAGACUUCAUCCUAGUGAUGAUUCGAUUAAAAUCAUUCCCUUGACAACCUUCACUCCAGGCCAACAGACUAGACCCUCUAGAUGUGAUUCUCCCAUUAUGGAAGAACAUCCCUUAUAAAGCUAAAACAGCUAUUUCACAUUUUCCAACAAGAUGUUUAUAAUCAAAGUUUGAAAUCCAAUUUCAGUGAGUACUUUGAAUUGUUAGAUUUGUAAAUAGCUAUGUAAAUAGAAGUUUAUAACAGAAUCAAGUCUAGAGUUAGACCCUUAGUCAAAAGUUAAAAUAAAUUUACAAUUUGAUUAAUUAUAUUUCUAUAUAUCACCAAUUGGAAAUUGGA